AGUGUUACGGAAUCCGUCAAGAGAAUUUUGAAUAGCCACAACGUUAAAGUUGCUCCAAAACCUUUUCAAACUUUGGGGCGUAUUUUCGCUAAACCUAAGGAUCCUGUCACGAAAGAACUACGCACCGAGGCCAUUUAUUCUAUUCCUUGCAAUGACUGUGACAACGAAUACAGCGGACAGACCAAACGUCAGUUUAGUACACGUUUAAAUGAGCAUCAAAAAGCGGUUUUCUUUUGCAGAAAAGAAAAUUCAGCUUUAUCGGAGCACACAUGCCUAACUAACCAUACAAUUGGGUGGGAUAAUUCUAAAAUUAUCACCACUAAUCGGCGUUACCACCAGCGCCUUAGUUUGGAGGCUUGGCAAAUUAACUCCGCCCACGCUCCUUUAAAUCGUGACGAUGGCGGCUUGCUUCCUGACGCCUAUUUACACCUCGUCAGAAAAAAGGCAGCUAAUUAGUGAUCAUAUAAAAGGACCUCUUGUUGCAGCGUUUAGAUCACCCCUGAUGAAGGCACUAGACAGGAGUGUCGAAACGUUGAGUCUAUGAAUUGUAACUUCUUCGGUUACAUUCAUUAAAUCUGUAAACCAGAGUAACAUCAAACCAUGUCUUAUCUUUUUUUGUCUUUUAAGUCUACAAGCAAUCCUUAUUAAUUCAUGAAUACUGUACUAGAACCGAAGUGCAUAAAGGUAGGAUUUCUUUUCUUGAUAAGUACAUAAUUAUAGAGUGUGGUGAAAGUACAUCAUUGAUGAUCAUUGAACCAUGAUUGUGUUUUUUCUUUUUAUGCACAGUUUGUUUACAUAUAUGGAAACUUUGUAGUUGUAAUAAACGACUGUUCUCAAACAACAAAUUAAUUUGCUCAUUUGUUUAUUUUUUGUACAGUUCUCUGCCUCAGUAGAGUUGGAUAUCUGUAAUGUUCAUGUAAACCGGAAGUUAUCGAUACCGGAUGUUCACUAGGAACUAUGGGAUAUAUGUAGCAAAAACGAUCAUGGCGUCCACCGAUGUUGUAACACGUCUUCUUACAACUGUUUAUUAAAUCGUUGUUAAUCAUUUGCAUCUUGUUUUGAAAUCCAUUCAAAACAUCACAGAUAUCCAGGAGGGAUAUCUCACCGGCAACCUAAAGUACUCUGAGCAGCAGUGGAUUGCAAAAACUUAUUGCAUAAUAUCCUUGUAUGGCUGGCAGAAUACCAGUUGACGCGGAAACUGAAUGGAUUAGUGAAAUUUAAAAAUCUAUUACUUUGCCUAUCCUGCUUGUAGUGAAAAGAGACAACUUUGUGGUGCUGAAUCUCUAGCCUUGAACUAAAAAGGUGCAGAAUAAUCGCUCUGACCUUUUAAGUUCAUGACCUUUGUUCUUUUGUGUUUGCCAUCACAUAUGCAUUGAAUUAAGCUGUGAAAAUUUUGUAGAUAUGAGUCCAAAAAAAUGCUACUUUGGUACAAAAAUAAACAGCUAUAAUUACUGAGCCCAUUUGCUUAUGAAGUCCACCUACAUCGGCUCAAGUAUCGGCUCAAGUACCUUGAGGCUGUAUCUUAUUUUGCCUUCUUUAUGUUCGGUUUUUUUUAUUUAGCAUGUCUUUUAAAUUUCCUUUUGUCAAACCAUUUGAUAAAUAUUGCAAAUGGAAUAGCGGAUUCUUUUCAGAUAUUUUGGGAGUCUUGCGUCAUUUUUCAAGCAUUGAAUGGGAGACAAAUUAUUAGCAUUGAGCCAAAUUUCCAUUUCCGUUUGUAGUGUUUUGGCCUAUAGUGUUAGAAAAGCAUCCUAUAUAUAUAUAUAUAUAUUUAUUUAUAUAUAUAUAUAUAUAUAUAUAUAUAUAUACAUAUACCAUCUGAGUAAACGAAAUGAGGGGAGAGGGACUAACUAAAAAUGGCAGACUAGUAGGCAAUUUUUACUGGCUACAGGCACUUUUUGCUCUUUGGCUUGUUUUAAAUAUAGUUGUAAAAUUUGUCUUCAUUGCAUAGCGUAGCUGAUGCUGAUUCAGCAAUCAGAGAUUAUGUCCAGCACAAAUUUUAAUUGUUGGCGACCUUCAAUACAUCGAUCUCCUGUCCAUAGUAACAGAGCAAAGUGUAAUGUGUCACCUUCCACAAGAAAAGAAUUCUUGAUGCUCAUUGGGUUUCUUGGCUCAUUUCAUAUUUUCAAUGUUUCUUAUAAUCAGUCAAAGGCAAUUUUGCCUUUUUGGAGCAAGCUUUGCUUGCAAUUGAGCAUAGGCAGACCCUUGUCACCAUUUCCUUUGUUUUCAAUGACUUGGCGAAUGCCUUAGGUAGUACUUGCUGAAAGUUCAUAUUUUGAUGAUAUCUAAAGUAGCAGUAUGAGUACAUGUAUUCUCACAUCCACUGGAAGAAUACUCAAUGCUGCUCUAUGGCUCUUUGUUUUUCAGAUUCACAAAUCAAACAAGAUCUAUAUUCUUGUACAGGAACUGGACCAUUUGUUGCCUCUAUGUUAUUUUGAUAUUUUCUGUGCUUUAAAUCAGUCUUAAUCAUAAGCUGCCUUACGUUAUCACUUUGCAAAGUCAUUGAAAAGGGAAGCUUUACUCACAAGUGUCUCUUGGGUGUAAUUUCUAGCAAUGCUUACACUGCUUAGAAGUAUACUGGUUUAGGGAAGAUAUCUAUUUUAGAAAAUGGUUGAAUUAAUGUUAAAUAUGUAUGUAUGUUGUUCUAUUCUUUCACAUGAUGUUCCAAUUUUGUAAUUUAGUGUUAACCACUGAGUUGAAAAGGUAAAUUUGCCACCGUAAAGAGUUGAAGGGCCGAUGUUUCGAGCGUUGACCCUUCGUCUGACGAAGGACGACCUUUGGCUCCCUGGAAAUUACGACUCGAUUCAAACUUCAGAUCCUACGGAACGAAUAAUUGGGAAUCCGUCCUGACGUAAACGUGAAAUACCUCUCAAAAUUAUGAGCCAAAGUUGAACAUCGACAACCAGGAGGUACAUGUAAGAAGCUUGAGUGAUACUUUAGAACCAAAUUUGAUUUAAAUAGACUAUUCAGAGGAGAGGUUUGCUCGAUUACUACAGUCCGUUCAUUUUCUUCACCGGACACUGCUCCGCAUCACAGAUGACCGCGACUGCAAAACAACAACUUAG